UGAAUCUGAUUGGAUGAAACAAACAAUGAAGGGAUGUGAUGCACUCUUGGGGCUUGCUUGACUCACUCCUUUUAAACAGACAGACUUAAUUAGGCAGUUAAAGAAAGAUUACUAAAUGAGAUUAAAGAGCUUGAAUAUUGUUCAUAUGUUGUUGUUACACAUUUUUACAUCAUUUCAGCCACCCUACAAAACAAAUCUGUUCAGCAUAUUCGGAGAGACAUGCCCAGCCUAUGUAUUGGCAUAUUCAGAUGUAAUCUAAAGACAAUGCAAGGAAAUGGGAAGCCCCCAGUGCUCAGCCGAGACUUCCAGAAGUUUCCCAGAACAGUAAUGUGAAAGUUGAGUGAAAGGUGCUCGUAUAAAUUCACAACUCAGAUCUGGAAUAAUAUAUUUUAGUCACCUGGGACGUGAAAAAGGUGGAUCUAAAAGAUGGCUGAAGCAAUACCACUCAGAGAGAAGAAGCAAAGAACUCUGCCUCGGCCUGAUGGGUGUGGUCUGUAUAACUUUGACGCUCUCGAUUUGCCUGGAGGGUUGAGGAUCGUCCUGGUGGGCAAGACCGGAUCAGGAAAGAGUGCAACAGGAAACACCAUCCUCGGAAGAGCUGCAUUCAAAGAGGACCCCAGCCCAGUGUCAGUAACUAAACACUGUGAGACACAGAGCGGGGAAGUGGAUGGGACUCCAGUCCAAGUAAUUGACACUCCAGGGCUGUUUGAUACAGGCAUCACAGAGGAAGAAUUAAAGACUAGAAUAGAGGAGUGUGUCAAGAUGUCAGUACCCGGUCCUCAUGCCUUCCUCCUGGUGAUCAGGCUUGGAGUCAGAUUCACAGAGGAGGAGAGGAACGCUGUGAAGUGGAUCCAAGAUAACUUUGGAGACGAUGCCUCCAUGUACACCAUCAUGCUGUUCACAUGCAAGGAUCAAGCCAAAGCUGACAAUGCUCUGAAGGAAUGCAAGGAGCUGCGAAGACUAUCCAUUACAUUUGGACGCAGAUACCACGCCUUCAACAACAACGAUGCAGAUGAUCGUGUGCAAGUUACUGAGCUGGUUAACAUGAUCAAAGAAAUGGUACAGGAUAAUGGUGGGAAACACUACACGAACGAGAUGUAUGAGAAAGCCCAGAGGAAGCUGAAAGAGGAGGAGGAGCGCAUGAAACAAGAGGAGGAGGAGAAGAAAGAGGAGGAGAGGAAACUGUGGGAUGAAGAGAGGGAAAAGCAGCAGAAGGAGAGAGAAAAGGAGAAAAAAGUUCGGAAAAAUAAUAUUCGUGUGGCAUCGGCUGCUGCUGUUGUGUUGGUGUUAGCUGGGGUAGUCAUAGCGGUGGGAGCCGACAUACCAGUGGCUCUGGCUUUAGGAGCUCCUGCUCUUGUCCUGGGGGUGUUGUGUGGAUUAGCUGCCAUUUUCAUUUGGAAAGGGAUCAAAUGUAAACCUAAAGCAAAUAGUCCAGUUUAAUAAAAGGAGUGGUAAGAGCAUAUUUUUCAUUCUGCAGCUUCUGGCGUGAAAUUUAGAAAGGAAAUAUUCCAAAUUCAGUAUUGGUAAACAUAUCAUGCAAAAUACCUUGUUUAAAUGUAAAAAGGUCUUAAUUCAUUUAAAACUGAUGGUAUACAAAAAUAAUUACACACAAACAAUGUUCUCCUUUUUUUU